UUUUGGAGAAAAAGAUAUUUGAAAAAAAUAUUUGUAUGGUAGAUAUUUUGGACCACCUCUUGGUAUACAUCAUGUUAUCAUAAUGUGCUGGGGGCCUCCAUGGCCAAGGAGGUUAGCAUGCCAGCGUGGCACAGUGACCCAGGAGCCUCUCCCCAAUGUGGUCAUUGUGAGUUCAAGUCCAGCUCAUGUUGGCUUCCUCUCCAGCCGUACGUAGCAUGGUCUGUUUGCGACUUGUGGGUGGUUGUGGGUUUCGCCUGGGCUCUGCCCGGCUUCCUCUCUCCAUAAUCCUGGCCACCCUCAUACACGUGAAAUGUUCUUUGCGGUAUAAAACACCAAUCCAAUAAAUAAGUAAUUAUGUGUUAAAUGGAGAACCACAUAAAUUAAUUCAGACCAGGGCGUUGUAGCUGGUUUCUCAUUCCUGCUUUUGCAAUGGUGUUUUGUUGGCAAACUGGUAACUGCAAGUCAACCUGGACUCUACUCACAAUUACGCAAAAGAAGCCACCUCGUUAACGUGUGGUGUAUAUCUAAUUUAUUUGUGCUCGAAUUUGAUCCUCGUAAAUGUAAAAAAACAGAACUUAAAUAAUUUUUGUAUUUUAAGCAUAUUCAUAAAUUGUCGCAAUUUACAUACAAAUUAUUAUAAUUAUUAGUACAUUAUUAUGCAAGAGAUGGUCCCAAUACAAAUCAUCCAAAAGUUAUUUUCAGAUGACCUUUUCUCCUCGGGGAAAUCAAAAUAUGUAUUGAUGACCAACUUUGCAAAUUACCUUGUACACUCUUGUACAGGAACAUCAUUUUUAUGCUUUCUUUUUUGUGUACUAAGGCUACUCAGUGCGGUAUGGAUGCAUAUGCACAUAUUGAUUUGGUGUCGAAGUCGUACGGAGUUAAAUGGUACAGAGUUAUCUCCCAUCGUUCAUUCUGCUAAAUUGAAGAGCACAUGCCAUCGUGAAGUUGUAGCAAUGGUGAAGAAAGUCAUCAUAACUGGAGCUUCCGGCUUGCUGGGUAGAGCAGUGACUAAAGAGUUUGAUAAUGACCCGACAUGGGAGGUAACUGGCUUAGCCUUCAGCAGAGCGACAGCAAACCUCCGUAAAGUCGAUCUGACAGAUGAACAGGCUGUGAAGAAAAUCUUCGAAGAGAUAAAGCCUGAUGUUGUGGUGCACUGUGCUGCAGAAAGACGACCAGACAUUGUGGAGAACCGCACAGAUGAGGCCUGGUCCCUCAAUGUCUCUGGCACUCAGAUCCUCUGUCAAGCUUCAGUGGACUGUGGAGCGUGGGUAUUGUACCUCAGUACAGACUACGUAUUUGAUGGAAAAUCUCCGCCUUACAGUACUGAUGCUACACCCAAUCCCCUGAACAAGUAUGGCAAGAGUAAACUGGAGGGAGAACAGAUCACCUUAAAAGUCAAUCCAGACUUUGGUGUGUUAAGAGUGCCUAUCUUGUAUGGAGAGGUGACGUUCGUGGAGGAGAGUGCCGUGACAGUGCUGUUUAAGAAGGUCCUGGACAUGGGUAACAGCUGUGUCAUGUCUGACUAUGAGAGGCGCUACCCCACACUUUGUGAGGACGUCGCACAUGUGAUACUAAAGUUAGCAGAAGCCAGACUCAAGGAUCCUUCAGUGAAAGGAAUUUUCCAUUGGAGCGGAGAUGAGGAAAUGACAAAAUACGAUAUGGCUGUUGCCAUGGCAAAGGCUUUUGACCUGCCCACUGAGCACAUCAAGGGAGAUAACCAGCCUUCAGGUGGCAGCAUUAGGCCUUAUAAUGCUAAGUUGGAUUGUUCAAGACUGGAAGCCAUGGGAAUUGGCAGAAGGACACCUUUUAGCAAAUGUAUUAAGGGUAUUCUUCAGCCCUUCUUUAAAACACAAUAGAGCAUAAAUAUUUUUGUUCAUGGUUGUUAAGUAUUAUUUUUAUGUAUAAGAGAAUGUAUGUAUUGCAAUAUAGAAUUUCUUCCAAAUACAUGUUGACAGACGUAAAAUGUGACCCAUAACAUAUACAUAGGUGUACAAAUUCCUAGCACCAGUUGUCUGCCACAGGCAUAUGUCAUACAGAUUUUUGUUCUGUAUAAGUAUAUUUGUGAGAGACAGGUACAUGUAUUUAGUGAAACGGACGCCAAUAACAUGUGGUGGGUACAUAAUUAAUGUAUAUUUUUGAUGAAAAUUCACUCGUUCUGGUGUUACUGUAAACUGGCUCCAUAUUACAAUGUAAUCCAGAUUCAGAGAAUAUUCUCUACUGCUAGCACCAAACGUAAGCCAGGUACUGAGAAAUUCUCUACAGUUAUGGAUGAUUUAUGCCAGGUUCAGAGAAUGUUCUGUCAUGGUAGUGCUAAUGUAAGCCAGAUUCAGAGAAAAUUCUCUAUUGCUAUGGCUGAUGUAAGCCAGGUUCAGAGGAAAUUCUCUUCUUGUAGUGCCAACGUAAACCAGGGUCAGAGAAAGUUCUCUACUUGUAGUGCCAGUGUAAACCAUGAUCAGAGAAAGUUCUCUUCUUGUAGUGUCACUGUAAACUAGGGUCAGAGAAAGUUCUCUACUUGUAGUGCCAGUGUAAACCAGAGUCAGAGGAAAUUCUAUGCUUGUAGUGCCAGUGUAAACCAGGGUCAGAGAAAAUUCUCUACUUGUAGUGCCACUGUAAACCAGGGUCAGAGAAAAUUCUUUGCUGGUAGUGCCAGUGUAAGCCAUGUUCAGAGAAUAUUCUCUACUGGUAGUGCCAGCGUAAUCCAGGGUCAGAGAAAAUUCUCUACUGGUAGUGGCACUGUAUUAAA